UUUUCUCCGAGCCGCGACCGCGCUUGAACCAAACAACAAGGCAGGCGACGACGCUCCGUCUGUCCCCCAUUUACUUGCCCAUUUACUGGUAGAUCGCGCCGGUCUACCAACAACAAGUGUUGUUUUUGGGAGAAAUUAGAAAAGGUUUGUGCUAGAAGUGUCUGUCGUGCUCGGUGUUUGUGUGCUUAGAGAAGUGUUUUCGCUCAGACGAGUGUUCCGUGCGGAUCGGGCUGGUCGAUUGAUUAGAUUGGUGACGGUGGCGUGUGUUGUGUUGUGUGAUGCACGACGGAAGAAAAGCCGCGUGUGUCUAGUGUAGAUGGGUCGAUGGGAGGGCAAAACCUUAGGCACUGACCGGAACUGAAGUGUUUGUUUGGCUGCGUCGCGUUCUUGUUGGUUUUUGAAAUCGAUUUUCGAUACUCUAGCCCUUCAGUGCGUUUUUAAGUGUGUGUGUGUGUGUGAAUGGGUGUGCCAGUUCUACGUGAGUGUCGGUUGGCAAGAUGCCAACUGCACCACAGCCGGUCGCGAACGGUCGAACCAUCCAAACCCUUUGGAACAAUGAACCAAACGCACCAUCGAUAUUUCUGGACGAUGACGAUGACCUACCCCAAAGUGUUUUGGGAUGAAGAUCACACACACGCAUUGGCCAUUCCUUCCACCCUCCCUUUUUGUGCAACAAACCACCCCCCCAAAGUGUGCGUCAUUUAGUGAAAAGAAUUAUGAUGAAAUCUGGCACGAUUUCCGCGGAGCAAAGAUGAGUCGAGCCGAGCUCCGCAGGCACGACAACGGAAUGGCAAAUUGCGCACACUAUUUGUAUGCGCUUCCGCGUGCUGCAAUAAAACGCUCCUACCCGCGUGCGCGCAUUGGGGUGGUGCGAUAGGGUGGCCACGGGGUUCUAGGGGGCUCUGUUUACAUUUCCUACGACGACGACGACGACGCCGCGCUGCGAUAAGAGAAGCGCAACCACAGUGAACAAACGAUAACAACCGACGCAGAGCAGCGAGUCGAUCAAUUCCCCGCGUGGCCUGCUGCUGAUGCUACCCGGCCGAAGGGAGUCACGCGUUGCAUGACUCGUCACUGUUGUUGUUGUUGAUUUCGGUUUGUGGUUGAUUUUGUACAAAAGUUGAACAUUGUUGCACAAUACUAUUUUUGGUGGCAACGUCAAGCAACGUCAUCGUUGACAGUAGAACUGAGCGACCGUUUAAAUCUUUUCCGGGAGUAAUUAAACUUUGACACUGUCGGUGCCACUACACUACCACUACAGCUGCGAAGUGGGCUUGACAGCACCGACCGUGUCUGACGAAACCCUUCAGAACGCUUACCGCACCAAACCGGGCAGACAAUUGUGCUAUGAUAAUGAUUCGAACGCGUUCGAUUUGUACCGUGGUCGAUUUACGAAAAGAAAAGUACUGUGCUUGCAUAAAAUCCGUUCACUACUACCACCCAGACGGCGUCCAAUCGACACUGUGGAGUAGACGGGUGCAGCGAGGUACUCUGCCAUGGCAAACCGGGUUCGUGUUUUGGGUGGGGAAGCAACGGAAAGCAUCGGCACGAUCGGGCUUGGGGUGAAACCCUCCACCGGACACGUGAAGGAGAACAUAAACAUUCGCCCAAUGCUGCACCGUACACGAUGCACCGUUGCAACUCGGUGGCAGUUGUAAAAGUAGCAAAACAAACCACCCCGUCAUUGAGCGCGGUGUCGGUCGGCGGAGGUUCGUCUCUUGCUGUUGUUCUCUCGUGCACUUUAUCGCUGUGUAUGGUAGGCGUAGAUUAUUGCGUUGAGCUAGGCUCAUCCACAAACAAAAUCAGUGCACUUUCUAUUGCACUGAACGGAAGCACAAAGAGUGAAGAUGACGGAUGACACAUAUUCCUGGUAACGAGCUUAUCAUGGUGACCAUGACACUGAAGCGGAUGCUUGCGGGAAGCUUGUUUGAAAAGCCUGUAGGUCUUCAUCCUGUGGAAGAUGUGUUUUGCUUUGUAUUUGACACACCAAAAGCAGAUUGGAACAUUCCUCUCGGUGGCCCACAAUUUGUGGUUAGUCAUCGUCGAGCUGCGCAAUUAUCUACCCAUAUAGUUCCAACUCCAAGAACGAGUUUCACAAAGGCGCAAUCGAACAGAAAAAAGCCAGAUGUUUUUGUAUGACGCCUGACCGACUCCAUCUUGUUUAUCUGCUCGAAUUUAUCUCAGGCUGAAGAAUUUAAGACGCAACCCGCGCUGCGGUAGGUGCUGCCUACUGCCGGAGUGUAAUUAAAUUGUUCUAGACGGGCUGAUGUAGUUUGGGAUGGGAAUGGGAUGCAAAAAAGAAGCACGAUCCGAAAUGGUAUGCAUUAAGGUAGCACCAUGGUCAUAAGCAUUUGCCCUUGCCUGCGUGCCCGCUCGCUCCCAUGCGGUUUGAUGAACAUUACUUUUAAUGCCCAUUCGGGUGCUCCAGCAGAAGCGCCUUCUACAUUAAGGCAUCUUAGUAAUAUUCUAACACAUGUAAGAACACACCACAUCGAAGGGUAGAGUCUGUACCCUUGAGGGGGUCGAACACGCAAAGGUCGGUGUAUUGGGAGCUUCACAGCAAAUGCACAUCUUUGCCGGGAAGCGAGAGAGACAUUCAUUGGGCGUAGAAUUAAUAUUCAAAUCACGCAUUGCACCGUGCAGUGCAUCCUCCAAAAGACUGUGAGCCGUUCGGAUCCAGCGACCUCCUGGAAAGGGCGUACACAAAAGAGGGGAUAAAACUGAGCCGUAAUAAUUCACCAUGUGUCACCAGUGUGCCGGUUGAGGUUUAAUUUCCGUUCCGUGUUUUUUCGUGUCAUUCAGAGUGGGAGCAAGCAAGUCGGCGACAGUGACGGAACCUUCAGGCGCGUGACAUGAGAGUGAAAAAUGUUGUUAAACCGAUCAUCGUUUUUGCAGUUGAAGUUACUCCCCGUAGUCUAGGCGGCGAAGAUGAUCAAUUGGAUCGAUUAUUGAGCGGCAAAAGAUUAAUGAAUUCUAGCUGUCACUCUCCAUAAAGCGCCACGUGUGGCAAGAGGCCCUUCGCAUCGGUGUCAUUUCUACCAGCGGUGGUCGCGUCGUCGAUAGGGAUUGACGGUGUCUUGUUUUUUGCCGGCACUUUACGGUGAACUUUAGCUUUCCACCCGUGCCGUGUGCUCUCGAAUGCAAAUAGCAAACUGCGGCUUUAAACUGGCCAGGUUGGUUAAUGUCGGAAGGUUUACGGAACAGUCGUAUGAUGGAUGGAAGGUUAGUAGUCGCUUAGAAUCCGGAAAGCAGACGCCUGGCAGCUUGGAAGCGAUACACGUACGAUCAUCUGCUUGUGUCGUGAUUAGGGGCCGAAACCUCCGGGACCGUGCGCGUUCCAUAGUUCGCAGACACGCACACACACCCAUAAUCGUCCGAAGAGGCGUCGGCUGUUGUCAGCUGCCUGCCCUUUUGCAGGUGAUGGUGAUAAGCGGGUCCAGCGAGUCGAUUGAACCACGAGCCGUCUACAGCGUCUCUCUCGCUGUUUUGUGUUCUGUUUCUUUUUUUCUUUCUUCUCGGCUAACGAAAGUGAAUCAUUAUCAAAAUGGUUCGUGCUGGUUUGUGCCGACUUUGACCGGAACCGGCAAAGGAACUUCCCCAUCUGUGUGCGGUACGCUUGUUCUAUGAUAAGCAAAUUUGGUUAAUAGGUUGCUCUUGGGGCUAUAAUGGUGUCGUUGGUUAUUGUGUAAUAGGCUGACACGGGAUUUCAGGGUAAUUGGUGCAUGGACAAUGCACAUCCGACUGGGUCGUGAGUGUCUCGAGAGCGAGUCGAUCCAAGCUAGAGGUUAGUUGUUUAGUGAUAGAAAUAGGCAAUGAGUGUAUAUCUUGCCGGAUGCAUCUGAAAACAAGCGACAAGAUGGUAGUUCACGCUGGGGUAUUUUGUUGAGCGGGAAUGUUUGAGACGAUACAAAAAUAGACGACUAAAGCGAUCGUAUAGGGUUCUAUAAAGAUGAGGCAUGAAGGUACUUGAGGCGUAAAAUGUAGUAUGGAAAUAGGCUCUCAAUCAGUGGGAGAUCUGGUAACGAUUGGAAAUUUGCUGCUGCGAGGAUUAUCUCAGCAGGGUGAUUAAAGACUUGUCCACAGAUGGAACUACCCUGGUUUAGAAGAAAAUCCCAAUCCCUUCUUCGUUCGACGUGUCUGAUUCAUUGUGUAAUAUUGAUACUAUCCAACAUUACUAGCGUUGACGAGACAAUUAGAUCAUUACCGCCCUUAAUUCCUAAGGAACUAACUGGUAAUUAUCUUUUCCUCUUUAUUUGCCUCUCCUCCACCAUCGAACCAACGAUCGAAAGGUCGAUCGCGUGGCGGUGAUGAACUAUGAGUAAUAGAUCUUUCGCGAUGCAUAUAUUAUCCUCAACUCCAACACACUGCUAGUAGCUCUCUACUAUCAAAGAUUGUACCGACUUCAGGAUACGUUACAGAUGGCGAUAGCAAGGUCGAUCGUUUAGCAAACAUUAUUAGCCGUGAUGAGUAUCACAUUUUUCACUGUUCACUGUGCUGUGCGUAGCUAGGCUAGAAUUCGCGUAACAAACUCCCCUUGUUUUGCAUUCCGCGUACUUCCUUGUUUAGUGCGUGGAGUGGGAUUUCGUUCACUCCGAUCGUAGGGCACAGCAACGUACGCACGAUGGGUAAAAUGUUAGAAAAGAUCAUGUUUUGUUACGUUACGCUCCACUAACGCUCCAAUUGACGUGCGGAGAUCGAGAGUGUGAGAUUAGCGCGAAAAACCUGCGCGCACAUGCCGCCAUUUUAUCGGCCCAGCAAAUUAAUGCCCGCAAUUGUAUUCAAACGAGAUGCUGGGAUGCGAUAGAACGGCUGCUGCUGCGUUAAUCUCGUUGUUCGAUGUGAAGCACUGUGGGUUUAGGUUCGGAUUCGUUCUGAGCGUUGGAAAGAGUUCCGCCUCACGUGCGCAUUUUCUCACUCAGUUGUUCGGUAGACCGCUGACGUGGAGUACUAGCGUGCCUCGGACGUUGCGGUAGUCAGUUGCCGGCAUCAGGGGCAGUACACAGCACACGCCGGAGAGCCGUUCUGGCACGAUAAGGUCGUCGCCGUUUGGGAGGCAUUCAGUCGAGUUUUUUAAAGAUCGUGAGUGAAUGUGCGUAUCAAAAAGCUUUCAUAGAUGAGUGACAUAAGGCUACACUGACGUAUUCGAAUCGUUUCGGACAUUGGUUUUUGUAGCUUGCUCAAUCAUCUCGUGCCAAUACUCUGUGCCAAAAACCGUGAAUACGCAAAUUGCCAACAACAAGAAGAAUCCAAAACCCACGCCAGGUGAAAGUGUGCGCCAGGAAGAACUACUUCCGAUACGUUCCGAAUGUGCCGAAGAUGAACGUCCAGCAGAGUGAAGUGCGCAAUCCUAGACCCACGAACAACGUCAGCAAUCCGACUGCAGCCAUGGCGGCGACGGCACUGGCAAUUACGACGACCGCCAACACCACCAGCUUAUCCGGUGCGUUCGGCUGCUGCCCGACGGCCAACGGUGAAAGCUCCUCGAUCGACGACUCGAUCGAGCUGAACGACAGCCAGGAGGGCGGCAACAACAACACGCUGUACCAUAAUGGGCUGCUCGAGAAGCAGGACUAUCACUUCCCGAAGCGGCCGCCGGUCGAUAUCGUGUUUCGCGACAUUCGCUACGACGUCAGGCGUUUCAACAUUGCCAAGGCAAAGUUCGAAUCAAAAGAAAUUCUUCACGGCCUUAACGGGUCGUUCAAGUCGGGCGAGCUGACAGCAAUUAUGGGCCCGUCCGGUGCGGGCAAGAGCACGCUGCUCAACAUUAUGGCAGGUUAUGUGUCGUCCGGCGUGAGCGGCAUGGUGCAGGUGAACGGCAAGAGCCGUUCGCACAACUCGGAAAGCUUCCGCAAGCUGUCCUGCUACAUCCAGCAGCACGACGCCCUGCGACCCUGGCUGACGGUGACGGAGGCCAUGACCUGCGCGACCCAUCUGAAGCUCGGCUUCGGCAUCGGCAUGGCCGAGAAGCGCAGGCUGAUCGAGAAGAUUCUCUUCAUGCUCGGGCUGGAGCAGAAGGGCAACACGCCAACGAUGGGGCUGUCGGGCGGGCAGAAGAAGCGGUUAGCGAUCGCGCUGGAGAUGAUCAGCAAUCCACCGAUCCUGUUUCUGGACGAACCGACGACCGGGCUGGACAGUUCGUCCUGUGCGCAGUGCAUUUCGCUGCUGAAACGCUUAGCUCAGGACGGACGGACGAUCGUGUGCACGAUCCACACGCCGAGUGCGCUGCUGUUCGAGAUGUUUGAUCAGCUUUACACGGUGGUGCAAGGGCACUGCUUCUAUCAGGGGCCGACGAAGGAGAUGCUCCCGUUUCUCGGUGACCUUGGCUACCACUGUCCGAGCUAUCACAAUCCGGCUGAUUUUAUGAUGGAGAUCGCUGUUGGCGAGUACGGGGCCGACGUCGGUAAGGUGAUCAAGGCGGCGCUCAAGAAAUAUUACGAAAUCAGCAGCCGCUGCAUCGAGCUAGAUUCGACGUUCGACGACAACGUAAAACUGAUGGAAAGCUACUCGAUCGGUGGCGGUGGCAAGGCGGAAGAGAUGUGCAAGCUGCAGAAGCAGCAGGAAGCGCUGGACAACUCAUCGUACGAGGAGGAGGACAUCUUCUCCAAAACGAAACCCGCCUCGUUGGUGAUGCAAUUUUUACUCCUGUUCUACCGGAACUUGCUCAUGACAAGGCGGAAUUAUUUCCUUUUGUUCUGUAGAAUCAUUGCCCAUGCGGCAGUGGCCACCAUCUUCGGCUACCUGUACCUUGGUGUCGGGCCAAACGCUAACCAGGUGCUGGCGAACUAUGUCUACCUUUACGGAUCGAUGCUGAUGAUGGUUUAUACUGGAAAGAUGGCCGUUGUGCUUUCGUUUCAAAUCGAGAUGGAAUCGCUAACGAGAGAGCAUUUCAACCGGUGGUACAAGCUCGGCCCGUACUUCCUGUCCGUGCUGGUUCUUGAAAUUCCGAUACAGAUCUGUUGCUCUCUCAUUUACGUCGUGAUCAGCUACCAUCUAACGGGCAACUACGUAAACAUGGAGCGCUUCUGCAUAUUCGCGCUGUUCUGCGUGGCCGGUUCGAUCUGCGCCCAGUCGUGGGGCUUCUUCGUCGGAGCAACGCUGUCGGUGAAGCUCGCCGUAUUUAUCGGUCCAAUUUUGGCGGUACUGUUCUCCGUGUUUGGCUUCUGCACCCGGUACGUCGACAUUACGCCCGUGUUCAAGUGGAUGUGGCACAUCAGCUACUACCGGGCGAGCUUUCACGGCAUAAUGAACUCGGUGUACGGCAUGAACCGGGGCGAUCUGCACUGUCCAGAGACGCAGAUCUACUGCCACUUUAAGAACCCGGUCCUGUUCCAGAAGGACAUGGACAUCGAGCACGUGGACAUGCAGUCAAACUUUGUGCUGAUUAUGCUGAUCAUCAUCACGAUGUACAUCAGCACCGUGUUAGUGCUGUGGUACAAGCUGAACAAGCGAUAAACCGAAGGGAAUUGCGGGUAUAGGCCAUCGAUUUUUACUAAUUAUUUUGCCGUCUCUUAGCCAACCAGCAGUAUGUUAAGGGAAAAGCCUAAAGGGGAGAGCUAGAAUCUUGCAAUCUUGUAAUGGAAAGCAAACGAAGAAUGAAAAAAAAACGCACUAGAAUUGUAUCACCCAACCCAACACCCAGGAAUCUGCAAAGAAUGAAUGCGCACACUUAGCCCAAGGGUAGAAGAAGUGUAGUACACGUGUGUGGUUGUGUAGGUUUGUAAGUUUAGCAAUCGAUAUCUGUGAUCAAAUGCACUAGCAAAAGGUGUUUUGCUGUUGUUUCUUUUGUAUACCAUAUACUGUAUGGAGAAUGUGGAGUUUAAUGGAGUUUUUAUAUACAUGUAGUAAUAUACACAAAUUUUUUGUACUUUUUUGUAGACCGUGAUUUGUUCCAUGUUCAAGACUACGAAUUGGCCAAGAAUCUUCAGUGCUAGCCAGAUAGUACGACAGACAGGGUGUGAAGGUUUAGAGUGUAUUAGGAGGAAUAUGAAUAAGAUAGGACAAAAAAAACAUCACAACAUUAUCGUUCCAUUAUCUUCGGGGAGACAAACAGAGUGCGUAAAAGAACGAGAAAAAGAACGUGUAAAUAUUAGAAAUAGUUUAUCCGCCGUUAAUCCACUGGUGAUUUUGCAACAAUAAAACAACAAAACGAUAAUAAUAGCACAAAGAAA